AUGUUCGCGGCGCGCGCCCUUGCGCGGCCCUCGGCGCGCCUCGCGGCCGUCCGCGCGCCCUUGCGCAGCGUAGCGCACCCACAGCGGGCCUCGAUCCGAGCGCGUGCGACGUCCACCGAGGUCAAGGACGCCCCCGCGGCCAAGGUCGACCCCACGUCGCUCACGUCGGACGGGUCCGCGCCCUCGUGGCAGAUCCGCAUGCUCUACGACGGCGACUGCCCCCUGUGCAUGCGCGAAGUCGACAUGCUGCGGAACCGCGACGCCGGCGUCGGCAAGAUCGACUUCGUCGACAUCGCUUCCCCGGACUACAGCGCGGAGAAGAACGGCGGGAUCUCGUUCGAGGAGGCGAUGGGCGAGAUCCACGCGAUCACGGCGGACGGUCGCAUCGUGACCAACAUUGAGGUGUUCAGGCUGUUGUAUGAGGCGGUCGGUUUGGGCUGGGUGUACGCGGUGACGCGCGUGCCGUGGGUCGAGGCCGCCGCGAACAAGGUCUACGGCGUCUGGGCGAAGUACCGCCUGCCCGUCACGGGCCGGCCGGACCUGGCGACGGUGUUGGCGGAGAAGCGCAGCUGCAAGACGGACGAGGCGUGCGAGCUGCCCGGAGCCGGGGAGCGGAAGAGCAGCUGA